CGGACCUUAAAAAAUGUUGACAAACAAAUCUCGUUUGGAAUUUGAAAUGCGAUUUUUGGAAAAAGUUUUUGUAUUUCACUGAUUUUCACUAGUAAAAUACUGAAAGUUCGUAGCUAUGAGCUCUUCCUGCGUGGCCUGCAGGACGCGCGGUUCCGGUAUGGUGGCCAUCUUUCAGCACCCAAACGGGCUAGACCAGAUGUUCUGUUCCGUAACCGGUAUAGAAGUUGAACAUGCGGACCACCUGUGCAUCCCGUGUUACGACGAUCUGAAGGCGGCCCACCUGUUUAAGCAAAAAUGCAUCCAGAACAACAUCCUUCGGGUGAGUCGUCCUGGAAGAUCAACCGCAGCUGAAGAGAAGCGUGCUUCUCCGGACAAAGAUAGCACACCCAGUACCAACACGAAAGAUGAAACAGUGCCGAUUGCCGAGAUUUCCACAACCUCCGUCGUCCGGGAAGCGGACAUUCUUGAGGAGCAUUUGUAUCUCUCUGAGGGAGAUGAGGAGGAAUCGCGAGAUGAAGAUGGCGGGGCUGAGACGGAAGUGAUGAAGAUUUCCUUGGAGAAUGUAGAAGAAGUUCCGGGGUCGUCAAUUCAUCUUGAGAAUUCUACAGCUGUGGAAUCCAAACAAGCACCUGUUCCAAGCAGUAGCGUUCAGCUGGGAAUAAAGAUCGUAGAGGCCGUCAAACUUGAGCCGAUCCAUUGCGAAGAGUGUGGCAAAUCAUUUAGCAAAACUUCUUUGUUCCAAAAGCAUGUCAAGUCGUGCCAUCAAGCCGAGUCGACUGACGAAGCAUCGGACCAACAGCAGCAGCAAGAUGAACCGGAACACGGAUCGCUGGCCACCCUGCCGACGGUGCACAAUCUGAUGUGCGAGUUUUGCUUCCAGGAGUUUCCGCAGCUGGCUGAAAAGUUCGAGCACGAAGCAAGCCACGUGAGCGAACAAAAGCCCUACAAGUGUCCGCAGUGUCGGAGCGCGUUCAAGGAUAAGGUUGGCCUGCGCAGUCACAUCCGGAUUCACUCAUCGGUGAAGCGGUUCAAGUGCCAGUUCUGCGAGAUGCGGUUUCAUCAGCGGGGAAAUUUGAAAGCUCACGAAAGGAUUCACGUCGGUGCCAAGCCAUAUCUUUGUCCUCAUUGCGGAAAAGGAUUUGCCGAAAACGGAAAUCUCAAGAAUCACAUCCGCUUCCACACCGGAGAGAAACCGUAUUCAUGCUCCCAGUGCACAAAGCGCUUCCGGACGCAUUAUUCGCGAACGAUUCACAUGCGUUCGCACAGCAACGAUCGACCCUUCAAGUGCAGCCACGCAGGCUGCGACAAGAGCUUUUAUUCGUCGGGGAAACUGAUUGUCCACCGACGCGUACACAGCGGAGAGAAACCGUACCACUGUGACACGUGUUCGGCCAAGUUUGCCGACAGCAGUGGCUUGAGGCGACACUCGAAGACGCAUUAGGUGAUCUGAAAGUACGAGUGACUCAAUUAAUACAUUCCUUUGGCAAGAAAAACAUAAAACAAGGGAUCGUUUCUUCAACAUCAGCAUCAUAAACGUGCAAAACCCAACAACCAGCGAGUGAAAAUCACGACAGAGAAGCGUUCUACGCGCAACUAGAACGCACGUACAUUAACUGUCCAAAACAUUACGUCAAAAUCAAGGUCAAAAUUGGCGAAAACGAACAGCGAGAUUGGAGACUGCUUGUUGGCUGCCGGGUAUCGCACUGGGAAGUCAUCUCGGACCACUCUGAAUCUGAACAUCUCCGCGGAUUGGUGUGAAACAAAUCGCUGGAUUCCGUGCCGUUCAAGUGCUCCGUAAUCACCUUCUGCAGGAAACGUAACCCAAUCAAGUUUGACUACCAGAUCUGCGGCACAUCAUUCCCCCGUGAGAAGUGUGUCAAGGACUUCCACGAGCUUCUUGACACGGAACUCACAUACAAGCAACACAUCUUCUUUAUCUGCCGUAUGGAGUCCCCACUACGGGAACAGUGCGGUGCGAACAGAGGCUGUGCAACGAAGAUUCAUCCGAUUUGUGCUCCGUGGGCCUUCCCUGGCGGAAUCCUUUUCGUCUGUCGAGCUACAAAAGUCGUUGUAAGCGGACAGACCUUGACAUCUCUUAGCAACGCGAAGAAAUUUCUUCCGUUCACUAGAAGAGCUGACGAUCUCAGAUUAGGAAGGCGUGUACGCAGAACUCGCUGUUUAAAAAAGGGUUUCAAACUAUACAACCAGCUUCCAGAGAAUGCUAGAAUGACAAGCAACAUAGACGAGUUUAAAGAUAGCUGCAAGGAGUUUGUAUGGCAAUGACCGUUGUGAUGAAAAUGACCCACGAUGGUACUUUAGGACGGUACGCAAUCUUCAAGGUCGGUACGCAGCAAUCUCUUGGGUUCAUUUUGGGCCUGCAAUCUGAUUGAUAACAAAUGCCUCUAAAUAUGAUUGGUAAGAGCGUCUUUAGAUGAGAUUAGAGAGAUUGGGAUGUAAGAAGUAGAGUUAAGAUUACUGGACACUCUUAAAACACUAACGUACAUUAAUUUAAAGUUAUCUGCAAAAACUGUGUAUGGGUAAAAAGAUGGGCCAACGCAGGAGUGAAAGAAAAAAAGUGCUAAAGACACCCAUGAACUGUUUUGCAUGGAAGAUCAAUCUCUUGCCCAAAGUAAAUCUUGCGUCAAACAACUAGAAAACAAGUAAACAGGAUGCGUUUCCUUGUCACAGCAAAAGCUUCCCGCGGUGAACAUAAUAAACAUAAAAUUCAAAUGAA